CUAGGAAAUGAAAUAUCAUAAUCAUUUACAAGUAAUUGAUUUCUACAGUUAACAGAAAUUUUGAUCAAAAGAGACGAAGAGUAAUAAACGUUUUAAAAUAUAUCGAAGAUCUUAGAAGGUAAUUCGCCUCAAGCAUUUACAACUGUUAUACCGACGAACAAGGAAUUAUUACAUUUAAGUCAAAUACUGGUUAAGGAUAAAACAUGAACAGUUGGUUCUUUUUCGUUGGAAUUUUAAUACUGGUGUCGCUUCAUCAACAGGUUGCAACGCUAGACUUGACGUACCUGGCGAACAACGUAUUAAAGUUUAUGAAAGUUUUGGAAAACAAGUCGAAAAGUCCUGGGUCCGCAGUUUGUAAAGAUGCUAUAAAAAAACACGAGGAUUGGUUGAAAAAGCAAACCAACGAGUGUAAAAAAUCAAAGAAAAGUGCAACUCUGGCUAUAUGUGAGAAGCAGAUGGCUGUUUACCCUUUGGCAAUUGAAUCGCUCAUCGAAGCUCUAGAAACGGGAUGCAAGUGACCGAAACCAACACAAAUUUUGACAUGUUGUUUUAUGAUUGAAAAAGUAAAGAAUAUCAUAGAAAGAACACAAUCCUACUACUUUUGUGUUCGAUCUAGAAAAUAUUGUAGCAAACCUCGGAAUUGCACAGCUAUUUUAAAUAUUAUUUUUCAAAACAGUAUGACAAUGGUUUUAAAACUGAAUGCUGUCCGUAACAAAUAAAAUUAUCACAUUUAUUAUACUUGUGUAAUGCAUUCAUGAUUUUAUACAUUUCAUAGAUAAUACAAAUUUUAGGUAUAAUAAAUGAUAAUACGCCUUACAUAAGAUAUUGUUAUGUUAGUAUUACUAUUAAUGAAUUCUUGUUCGUUUUUACCUAAUGAAAUACCUAUUUACGACGUUAACUUAUGGUGAAUUUAUAUUUUUUACCUUAAAAAUAAUAUGUACUUUUAUUAAUUUACUGUUGAUCUAUGCCUGUUGUGUGUUUUUCAAUUUUUCUGUUUGUGAUAAAUGUGCAUUCUUACAAAGAAAAAUUGGAAAUAAGAUACGUGUUAUAAUAUGUUCUGUAGCAUAUCUGUGGUUUCAUUAGGAAAAUUGAUUGUUAUUUUGUGAUGACAAUAAAAAUGCUAUUAAUUAUGUAGCACCGUUUUAUAUAAAAGCACAGUUAAUCUUUAUAAGUUUGCAUAUUCUUAUGUUAUUUGUAUGUGUUUUUGUUGGACACCCAACGACAACGUUUUGUAGUUUGUUGGAACCCGAUGUAAAAGCAUUGUUGUAAUAAAGCAUAUCGUACCUUACCUGUAAAAA